UCAGCACCGCAGCGCAUUCGAGCAGCGCAUUCGCAAGCGAUGUGUGGUUACGCGCGGGGGGCGACUGUUCAGUGACCUUUGGCCUUGGGCCAGUUGAGUGGCGGCCGCCAAGUACACCGCACGAUGAUGAAGAGCGCACGAUACGGCUCCUCCUCCUCCGAUAAAGGAACACAAAAGCCCGCGGACAACAACGGCCGCCAGGAGAGGCGCUGUGUUUACUAGGAAGUGCGCGCAUCGCAGUGGCCGCCUUCCAUCUUACCGUAGUGGUGCCGCGAGUUGGGCGCGAGAAACAAAAGUACCCACUACGGGUGGCGGCGCAUGGCAUCAGCGCGGAGAUGAAGCGAGCCGCGCGGGCCCUCGCGCGGAGCGUCGGCUCGGAGGCCGUGUCGCUGGGAGCCACUGCGGCCGCCUUCCACCACAUCCCGGGCCCCAAGCCAUCGAUGCCUUUCAUCGGGACGAGCUGGCAGUACGCGAGAUGGGGUCGAUACAAUCUGUACCAACUUCAUGAAGCCAGCACUGACAAGUACCAUCGGUAUGGUGACCUCAUGAAAGAAGAGUACCAGUGGCAAAAACCAGUGGUUCACUCUUUCAACCCAGACGACUUCGAGGUCAUAUUUCAUAACCAGGGACGUUGGCCGGACCGACCGCCAAAUGAGUUUGUCUGCAAGUACCGCAACGAUCACCCUGACAAGUACAACAGUGUGGGGCUUUCCAACGCGCGUGGCCAAGAAUGGCACCGGCUACGCAUGGCACUUGCACCGGUGCUGCUUGAGAUGAGGAACAUAGCUGAGCUGGCAACUUGGCAAGAGGAAAUCUGUAAUGACUUUGCAGAGUAUGUGCGAUCGUUGAGAGACCCUGACACACUGGAAGUAGACUGUGUUCAGGACACCUUGUCUAGGCUCGCUCUGGAAUCAAUAUUUAGGCUGUGCCUGGAUACACGACUUGGUUGCCUACAGCCAUUGCGACAUGAACAAGGCGAAGCACAAACAGUGAUUGCUGUUGCUAGGCAACUGUUUUCUGCCUAUCAGCAGCUGUACUAUGGACUGCCUGUGUGGAAGUACGUGCCCACGCCCUCGUACCGGAGGUACACAAAGGCCGAGGAUGUCUUGUACAAAAUAACGCUGGACUACAUGCAGCAGUAUGCCAAACAUGCAUCGGAGGAUCGGAGCGACAAGAGCCUUCUUCAAGCGCUCCUCAGUUUGGAUGGGCUGUUGGAGAAGGAUAUUCACCUCACGAUAAUGGAUUUCAUUGUUGGUGGCGUUUUUACGACUAGCAUCGCCUUGUGCUUUCUUCUGCACCACUUGGCCUCCAAUCAAGAUGUGCAGGAAAAGCUCUACACUGAGCUCAAGUCUGGCAACAUCAGUAGCUGCUCCUACCUUCGUGCAUGCAUAAAGGAAAGCUUUCGGUUAAGCCCAACGGUGCCUGGUGUAAUGCGAGUCCUGCCCGAGGAUGUGGUGCUCUCUGGGUACAGGGUGCCUGCAGGAGUUCCAGUGUUUGCCAAUUCACUGGUGACCUGUCGCCUGGAGAAGUACUUUCCGCAGCCGGAACAGUUCCGGCCUGAACGUUGGCUCCGGGAAGCACGGGGCCUCAUCCACCCAUUCAGUCUGCUGCCUUUCGGCCAUGGUGCCCGCAUGUGCGUGGGCAGGCGUUUUGCAGAGCUUGAGCUCAUGACUACAGCUGCCAAGAUGGUCCAGAAUUUCAUCAUUGAGCCCUGCACACAACGCAUCAACACUACAUAUGUGUUUGUAGUGGUGCCAAGCCACCCCGUGAGACUCCGGUUCAUCGAUCGCAACUGAUCUCAAUGCAUGACAGCAAGGUGCCCUCUCGAGCAUAUUUCAUUAACCAUGUCACAAAUUUGUGCAUAAUAUAGCACUCUUUAUUUGGUGCCACUCACCUUGUAUUUUCAGUGGUGGUCCGACUGUGCUGUCAUUUCCUUUUUGCUAAAGUUCUCCUUGUCUGCAUCCGAGUGCUCCAUCUACACCAAAGUUCUCGGUUUGGCACCAGACUCAUUUUCGUCCUCUUUUCUCCAAUACACUUACAGUCGGGAUUAGCCUAACCGAAGCAUAUUCUUCACACCGAUGCAGUGUCAGACACACACACGUUCAUUUAUUGAGAGAAAAAAAAAGAGAUGUUGCAUGUAAAUCACGUGGAAUUACAGUAAAAUCUUGGUGAUAAGAAUGUUGUGGGGUCACGUGAAAUAUUGGCAUCACCCAAAAUUCUUGUCAUCGAAACGAACAUAAAAUCAAGAAAAAUAUAUUUAUUCGUGACAGAUAAUACCUGCUGAGAAUUGUUCAUUCGGCUCGAUUGGGGGGACCAAUCAGAGGUUGCUCAGCCUCAUGACGUAGCUGGUUGCUUGGCGACUAUGGACCCUGCCCUAAUUGCACUGUGCUCGUCGCUCCUGGUUGCUCUGCGGGCUUGGCCGCUGUGGCUCGCACAUUUGUAAGGUCUGCAGUGGCGUGGAAAGGCAUUCAGAACAGCCCUUCUUUUCUGUAUUGUAAGCGAUGCAUUUCAGCCAGAGAAUAUUACCAAUUCACAUCACACCGAAAUCCAUACCAGCCUUGAUCAAGUGACCAGGGUUUUACUGUAUUAUUCGUAAUGCUAUAAGCCAUAAUGCAGUGAUUUCACUCCUGCACCAACCUGAUAAAAUCAACGUAAAUUGCGCUAAACUGCACCAGAGUCUCUGGUUUGGGGAUGUCGGUCACCAGCAAUCGCACCACCGGCACGUCAAAACAUGUGCAGCCUGAUCUUGGGGCCGCCAAAGUCACAACCACAGACCAAGAAUUAUUCCGCUGAAUAAACAGUGCUCGCGCGUGCGUCCCGAUCCAUGACGCCAUGUUCGGUGCCGACGCACCUUCUGCUGUGAAAGUUGGCUCGACGGCAAAAUGGAUCCUCCGCAGAGGCUUGUGACGCCUAGGCCAUUCGGUAGCGAGAAAGUGUUUGGACGAUUGAUCGGCGCACGUCUUCUGUUCCAGAAACGCUUCUGAUAACUCGUUUCAGAAGUCACACAGCACGUAAUUAAAGCAAUGCUCAGCUACGCGUGUGCCGCUAGAAUGUAGGUCUCUUCUGUUUCUGGACAUUGCGGAAUGAAAUCUAGGAAACUUGCAGUAGCUAUAUGGAGCAAUAUAAAGAUUUUUCCGCGCUUCACGUCCAUGGAAGGGCAUGUGAACGAUGGACACGCGUUGACACUUUUCCUCAAAUAUGCUUUAUCCGUGGGUCUUCAUCCAGAAGAGCUUUUUUUGUAAUUUUCUUCCACCAGCACAUACGGGUUUGUAAUCGCUCUUGCGGUAAAUGCCCCCUAAAAGGCCCUGCCCUUUUUAGCUCGUGAGUGUUAGGACCCCAAUUCGAAUGUUUUGAUUUUUUUAUGUCAUCUCAUUAAUAAAAGUAUGCUUCCUAGUUGGAGCAGCCACAAUUCUGUUUUAAUAUGCGCAGCGGUCAGUAGCGGGCCCAUCGCUGGCGGCCCUGGCGUCGGAAGGCCUGACGUGAAGCGGCUACGCUAUGUUACACGUCCGCCUCUCGCUUUCCAGUGUCAAUAGCUGAUGGUUAAAAAACUCAGUUUUGCUUAAAGGCGAAGCAGUGAAUGCGAUAGCACAAAUUGUAUUGUUAUGUGAAGUAAGGUUAGCAGCUAACUCCUUUGGAUCCGAUCUCGCGUAACUCAACAAAAAGCUGAUUUAAGGGAAUACGGCCGCUUCCGGGACUGAAGUGGUUUUUCUGGUUUCAGUUCUCUAUACGCAAAUUAAGUGUGCGAGCACAGCAAGUUUUCGAACAAUCUCCUGUCGAGAUAGCACGAGCGCCAUCGACCGCCCCCUUCGAGCUACGCCGCACCAACCCUCCCCUCUCCACUGCCGUCCCUUCAUGCUCCUUACGAGAGACGGGCAGGGUGUUUCCUCUCUGCUUGAUGAGCAGUCGACGGCAGGCCUCGUGCGCAGUAUGAUGUUAUUGCAUGUGCCUUCCUUGCGACGGAGGCGGCCGACUCGUUUCAUCUCCGCUUCAGCCACGUUCGUCGCCAGCGCUCGCGAGCUUUUACUCGCGGGUAGAACAUACGAUGCGCGGGGUGAUGUUAUCAAUUUGGACUUGAAAUGAAAAUGAGGACGACGGCGAUGCCAAAAACAGAUUAUCCAUAUUGCUAUCACAUUAAAAAGAAAAAUAAUUAUGGCAGCUUCGCACUAGUGGUGAAGAAAAAGUGGAGCUGAGUGGCCUUCCCUGUUUCUCUUUAUUUCUGUUUCUUGCAUUUUGUUUCAUCGGUUUCUCUUUCGUGCAUUUUCUAUCUUUCUUUCUCUUUCUGCUUUUUUAUUUCUCUGUUUCAGUUUUGCUCUUUGUUUUUUCUAUCUCUUUUCGUGUCUAGUUUCUUUCUAUCUUUCAGUGUCUUUUUCGGUC